AUGCCGGCGUGGAGCCUGAGCAGCAACUACUUGUGCCAACGGUCAAAGUUUAUUUCUCGUAUUGCCCACGCAGGUGCCUCAAAGACAUCAUGGCCACCCCCUCUACAUGCAGAAUCAUCCGAGUACCGGGCUCCCGGGAUCAGAGACGGGGCACGGAUGUGGCCCUGUGGACACCGGUACUUUCGGUCUCCCACUGAGCCCUACUGGGGUUACGGAUGGCCGAUACGGCUAUCGGCAUCUGAUUCGUCUAUUCCUUUUCCAUGUCAAAAGUUUAAUAGUAGGCCGCUUCUCGAUGUGUUGGCGCAAGCAGCAAGGGGUGGCUUGUCGGAUGUGUCCGAGCGCAUCUAUCCUGAGCAAAACGGGCUGGCGCAGCAAACGGGUUUUGUUGGUCCUAGCAUGCGUUUACAUCACCUAAAGCGAUACUCCUUAAGAAACAAAAUGAUAGAAAUUUCCGAUUUCCCUCGUGGCAGCAUCGCUGCGAGCAGAGCCAAAACGAAUACCCUUGCAGAAUGGCGCACUAAGCGCAUUCGCACUGUGAUUGGCUCCGGCCGACGUUCAGAGGCUGCCUGA